GCUAGGCAUAGGACCUACUCAGCUCUUGGAUAUGCCACUUGGUGCCAAGCUCCCCUUGCUACCAGGCUCCAAUACAUUGUUCUAUAGAACAAAUCUGGGUGAAAAGGACAACUUCGUGGAGCUGGGUAUUGCAACCAACAGAGUGUUUGGCAGUAAGGCAGUAAAUGCUUGUUGUACCCCAUCACAGAAGAUUAUUUAAUAACUGCUCACUGCAUGGUUUCUUGUACCUUCCUCUGAAGCAGCUGGCACUAGCCCCUUGGGAGACAGAAUACUCGACUAAAUGGACCCAUGGUCUGACCUGGAAGGGAAAUUCGUAGGUUCUUACAUGUGCUUUAUCAACCUCCUAGUGGCUUUGAUCUUGGUGAUCCUUACUGUCGCUUAAUGACAACAAAAUAUAGAAGUCUACAUGAUCCACAUUUGCGUUCCUAUUACAAGCGCAAAAAUAAUCUACGGAGAUUAAAGAAAGGAGGUUAUGUCACCAACGAUAACAAAGUUGUGUGUACACUAAAGGAAUUCAAUGAAUACCGGCAGUAUCUGACCACCCUCAAGUUAGAGUUUGAAAAAAAUUAUAUGAGAGAACAAAAAAUGCUUGAGAAACAAGUGACAAAACUACAGGAUCCCAUUCUGCUUCCAGAAGGUGCUGACACCUCUCACUUCAGAGAGUGGCUGCUCCGAGAAGAAAGAGAAAAUUUACAAGAACAAGAAAGACAGAUGAGGAACAGAUAUGUAGAUAUGAUUAAUAAAGAACUGGAAAAAAUUAAGUGCAUCGCAGAAGAAAAACAUCUCCUUCAACAGGCUGAGGAAGAGAAAAGGCAACACGAAAAAAAGAAAAAGAAACAACCUAUUCUUCAUAUAAAAAUGGAGGAGGAAUGGAAGCAAAAAGAGAUGUUACUUCUGCUGAAAAUUGGAGAGGAUGUGAAACGAGAAGCAAGAAUUGAGGAACUGCGAAGGAAAAGAAGAGAAGAGAAAGCUAAAAAGAAACGAACAGUGCUAGAGAAAAAAAUGGCAUACCACCUGAGAAAAUUGCAAGAGCAUACUUAUCAAAGGGUAGAAUUUGAAAGUCAUGUAAAGUGCCUGAAUAAGCUGUUAUCUGAAGACCCAAAGAUUAAAAAUCAAGGAGAUGGUGCAACGAGUCUCUCUCGGCACCCUUCACUUCUUAACAAAAAGGAAAUUUCAAAAUCAUCACUCUCUUCAGUAACAUCUCAACCUACCUCUGAUGCGGUCAUGAGCAAGACCAGAGGCUCCUUAAAGAAAUAUUUAUGCUCUGGUAUCGAUGAGAAACUUUUGGACAAAAAGCCAAGUAGGGAACAUGAACUGGGCCAGUCCCCCUUGCCCAGAAGCAGCAGCAUCAAUGACAAACUUUCCUUAUAUGCCUCUGGUGAGUAUUCCCUACAAGCAACCAGCAGCACCAUUGGUGAUCUUUCCAUCUCUGCCUCUGUGGAGCACGGUGAAGAAGCAGUCAGUAGCAGCACUAGCAAACUCCCCAUUUCAUCCUCUGGAGCUAAUCUCUCUAGUCAACCUUCAAUUAAUGGAAAAGUGUUUACAAUAACUUCACUCUCCUCAGUUGUCUCUCAACAGGGCUUUGAUGAGAUUGCUAAUAAUGUCACAGAUGCGAAAAGAAAAUCUCUUCAGAAACAAGAAGUGCUAGAGAACAACAUGGAAUUGCAGGAGCAUGAUUAUCAAAGGGAAGAACAUGGAAGUCAUGAAGAGGGCCUAGGAGAUAAUACACGGAGUCCCUCUCGUCAACCUUCACUUCUUGAGGGAGAGUAUGUUACAAAACCAUCACUCUCUUCAUUAACAUCUCAACCUACCUAUGCUACCAUCAUGAGUAAUACCAGACACUCUUUACAGAAUGAUGUAUACUCUGCUGUUGAGGAGACUGUUUUGGACAAAAAGCCUAGUAGGGAGCAUGAACUGGGCCAGUCCACUUUGCAAGAAAGCAGCAGCAACAAUGACCAACUUUACUUAUCUGCAUCUGGCGAAUUCCCCCCACAAGCAUCUAGCAGCUACACUGGCAAAGUUUACAACAGUGAGAGCAGCAGACCUGACAACAGCAGCAAUGUUGGUGGCUUUUCCAUCUCUGCCUCUGGGGAGUGCUAUGAAGAAGCAGGCAGUAGCAGCACAGGUGCUAUUCUUUCUAAUCGACCUUCACUUAAUGGAAAGUCUUUUCCACAAACGUUCCUCUCUUCACUGGUCUCUCAGCAGAGCUUUGAUGAGAUGGCUAAUAAUGUCACAAACAGAGCACUUUUCCAGAACACCAUAACUGAAGAACUGAACAAUACAAUAGAGAAUAUCCUGACACGGGUCGUGGCUGAAGUAACAAGUAUCUUAUACCCAGCAGUAACUGAGUAUGAAGAGAGAAUUAGAGAUACAGUAUAUACAAUAUCUGAAGAGUCAGCAUUCUCUUCAGACAACUCUAGUAGCUGUAGCACAUGUAAUGAAGAGCUCUUUGAUGUGUUUGCAAGUCUUCCAUCCUCCAGUACCAGAAAGAUCAUCUUUACAGAUACAAGCAUAAAAGCUACCAGCUCACCAAGUGAUCUCAAGAUAGUGACAGGAGGGAAGCCAACUCCAUUGCAAUCUCAAAAAUCAUCUUUCACAUCUCUAUCAAAGAGCACACAGAGGUCUCUGGAAAGUGAAUUUUGGAAAGAAAGUGUUCACAAGGGGAAAACAGCAACACCACCUCACUAUCAUACUGAAAGUAUUUCGAGAUUGCGCCGGGAAGUUGCGGGCAUGGGAGCUAUGUCUAAGUUUCCCACGAAGACUUUCAACACAGAGAAGUUUCCUUUUAGCCAAACUUAUUUUAAACAUGAAUCAGCAACAAAAGAUAGCAAGCCAAAAAAAGGUCUGAUUGGUGAGGAUAUUUUUUCAGACUUAAAUCAAGAUCUUCCUAAAGGAGGUAUUUUUAAAAAAGUGUUUGACAAGCAAACAGUAACAGACGCAAAUGACAACGACAACUUGAAAAUGCUACAAGUGGCUGAGAAUGUGGUCAAGGAAGUUUUUAGGAGAGUAAAAGAUCUAAGUGAUUCUGUCAGCAUUUUAAAGAAAGCUCCCAUUGAGCUUAGUGAAAGAUUGUUCUGUAGUAGUUUUAAAAGAACUGAAUUUCCUGAAACUUUUCAUAAAGAGUUCCAGAAAGAAAUUGGAUUAGUUGCUAAAGAGAUUGUAGCGACUGUUUUUGAUAACUUUCACAAGUGUUUGGUGUCUAGCAUCACUAUGGCAUCAGACCAAGAACCUGUAAUAAGAAGGAAAGACCAGGUCCCUGGCAGAAGAACUAGCAGAGUUUCUAAAUCAGAAAAAAAGAAGAUCAUGCAAGCAGAAUUGCCUGCUUAUGACCCAACAUUUUCUUCGUUUACUAUUGAUAAAAUAGCCAAAGAGGCCGUGGAAAGUGUUGUAUUCACACUAGAGUCAUUUGUAGCCUUUCAGUUUAAACAUGACUUUAAAUGUAAAUUUUCUGAAAUAGUGAAACUCCCCGUUGAAAAUAUUUCUAGUGCACAACAGACACCAUUCUUAAGGUCUCUCUCAACCCAGAUAGCAAAUGAAAUAGAGGGAUCAUCUAAAGCAUUUGAAGGUGAAAUGCCAGGAACUACAAGUAAAAGAACACUGCCAACCUUAGAAAAAUUCCAGAGUUCAUCAGAUGUAUCAAGGGUAAGCAGUAUGAUUACAAAGGAAAGCAUAGAAAGUGCUAUUGUCCAAGUGCAAGGUCUCCAUUCAGAAUUGAACAUUUAUGCUACAAUUGCUGUUAAUAAUGUUCUUGAAAUCUUCAAGCGGAAGCUAGAAAAAGAAAUUAGCCAAAGGCAAACAAUCCCAUUGUAUGAUGACUCCGAAGAAAACAUUAUGGCAGGUGAGAUAAUUGGUACUGUAUUAGAUCGAUGUGCUCAGCCUCAAACUGAAAUUACUUUGGAAUUGAAAUCUGGGACUCUUGAUAUGGAAAAGUCUGGACGAACAUUUGGAAAUAAUAAAAUUCAUGGCCAAGGUGUUGCAAUGUCAGAAGGAAUAAAACUGCCUGCUAGAAAAUUAAGAGAAAUGGACCCAAGGGAAAACUUUCCACCUAUCAAUGUUCCUGGAAUGGUGAUUUAUUCUGAGGAAGAAACAGAAAUGGAAGAGGAAAUUCCAUCUCGUCUCUGUCCAACAAUCCACAAAUUCUCAGACCGGGAUGCUCACACCUCAUCAGAGGUGACCAAAAAGUCUAUGUACUACAUGUCAGCUCCCACAACAAGACCUUCUAGACCAUCGCUGGGAACAAUAACUAAACAAAGAGCAAUUAGCUCCAGGAUGACUCUACCCCCUAUUGGUAAGCAGUUUCCAAGAAAACCCUUCUCUCCACUGGGCGUGAUGAAAUCUCCCAGAGAUGAAACAAGGCAUAGGCAGGUGUAUGAAGAGCACUGCCAGUUCAUGUCAACACAUGAAACCAAGUAUCAGCUACCACAAUCACAAGAUUGUGCAUUACCUGCAAUAGUAGUAGAAGAAAUAAUAAGUAAAUUGGUGUCUACAAUCUUAAACUCCGUUUGUAGCACAAGCCUGGAACACACAAGAUGUUUAUCAAAAACCGAAGUGAAUGAGAUUACGGACACACUUAAACAGUCAGUAAAAAAAAGAAUGUCCAAAAAUAAAAUCAGUCUUGUAGGAGCUGCAGAUGAAGACCAACAUUUAAAUCCAGGGUAUGAAGAUAUUGUUAAUCAAGUGGUUCAAAGCAUUUACAAUAGUGUCUUGCAAGAAACUGGAUCUCAGCCAGCCCUUUAUCACGAUGUCACAAAUUGCAGAACAAUUUUUCCUGAACGAACAGCUAGUCUAAUAAUAAAUGAAAUCUCCAGUGGCCAGCUAAUACAUUCUUUUAAUGAAGAGUCACCAACUGAUAACUGCAGUGCUACAGAGGUUGACAGUACUGCUGACAAAGAUCUUUCAUCAGUCUCCAUUCAAAUAAAUAUUGAGGCAGGAAGUUCUAGACAGUCAAUGACCGAUGCAAAUGGGCAUCCAGCAGAAACACUGCUACAAGAAGAAGAGCUACCAAUUGAAAUAAUUGCUCAUAUUAGAGACAAACCGUUAGACAUAGAUCCAGACCUUAUUUCAGACCAUUUAGCAGUUAUUUCCAUAAAAACAGAGCCUAUUGAGAAACUGAAUGAAACAUACAUAAGUCAUUCUGGACUAGAGCUACCAGAACUAAGAAAAGCAUCGAUAUCUAAAUCAAGUAUGCUAAGUACAGGUACUGAAAGUGAUAUAGAGAAAAGGAGAGAAAGACGGUCCUCUGUGAAUGCUUUAGGACGACUAGAUAUCAAACCAAAGGAUGUUGUUUGCAGAAAUUCAUUUCAGAACCUGAAGAAACCUGAUGUCACCAGGGUGGAACUUCUAAAAGAUGUCAAGAGCAAGGAGGAACUUAUUUUACGACUCGUCUCAUAUGAUAUUCAACAUGAUGAAGACGAGGAUUUUGAACAAAUUGUAAAAGUAGAUUCCGCUUCGGUUUUUGAGAGCCAGGAAUAUGCAGCAGUGGAACAGGAAAUCAUGCCUGCUUAUGAGAGUGCCCCUUUGGCUGAUAUGUGGAAUAAUGUAAUUGCUGCCCAGGCCCCUGAGAAAGCGGAUCAGUACAAGAUUAUGGAAGAAACAACAUUAACUAACUUGGCAGGCCCUAAAUUGGACAUAGAUGUGCUGUCUGCUGUAAGCAAGGGCAUCCCAUGUUUAAGUGAGAGUGAAGUUCCUGAGACCCAGGAGAAAGAUCCAUAUGUUAACAUGCCCCACGCUCAGGAUACUGAAGACACAUUAAGGAUGUCUGAGAUUGCCUUGUCCUGUGAAGAUGCUGGAAAUAAAGGCUCCUCAUUACAAGAGAAAACAGGAGAUGCUGCUGUUUCAGAGUCCUCCACUCCCAGUCCAGAGGCUUUAGUGCCUGAGAAGGUGCCUGGUGUUCUGUCCACAGUUUUCUCACAAUCAUGCAGCAGCACAAGCGACAUUUCAUUACCAUCCCCAGCAGCCCCUUAGAAAAUUCAUACCAGAUGCAAACUUGUAUGUCAAAGAGAAUAAAUCGCUUAUUCAACUAUU